AUGGCUGAUGGAAAUAUAACACCUGACGUUCUAGAACAUUUAUCUCAAAGAACUACACAGAACCAUAGAGAUGGUAUAUUUGGUGAAGAGUUUAGAAAGAAAGUUAGGGAGAAAGAAGGAAGAGAACCUAUUGUACAUGACCUUGCAAACGAAAGUUUGCAAAAUGUCAUAAAAACUUACUUUGCAGACAAUGCAAAGAGAAGGGAUGAAUAUUUAAGAAAACUCAAAUGGACAGUACCAAAUGAAAUGUUAGUAUUGAAAAACAUGUUCCUUGACAAAAUAAAACCAACUACAGAAAUAAAUGACGCAAGACUGGAACAUUGGGUAAAAGCUUUCCCAUUCACAAAAGAUAUUAUUGGUAACAUGGAAAGAAAACCAGAAUGGCUACAAAAACAUAUAUUUGGAAACGAGCUUAUUCCAUAUGGACAAGCUCUGUUUGAAGAGCUUGAACCGGAAACUCAGGAAAGAGUCAUGCAAACAAUACGCGAAGACUCAAAUACAAAACUAUGA